AUGCCCCUGCGUCAACCAAAGCGACACUUCACAACAUCAUGGUCAGCCCACAAGGACGAGAGUUCUUCCUUCUCGAGUUCUGCACAACAAUCCCGACUCUAUACCUUUGAUGACGUGCAGUCCCUAUCCUCCGCUCCCUCCCCGAACCGCAUCCUCAUCGACGUCCGCGAACCGUCCGAGCUCCAGGCCACCGGCAAAAUCCCCAACUCCAAGAACCUCCCAAUCACAUCUGCCGCGGACGGCUUCUUCCUUCCCGCAGACGAGUUUGAAGAGCGAUUCGGAUUUGAGAAGCCAGGGAAGGAGGACGAGGUGAUUUUCUACUGUAAGGCAGGCGUGAGGAGCAGAGCCGCGGCGAGACUGGCCAGUCAGGCUGGCUUUGGUGGCACAGUUGGGGAGUUUCCUGGCAGUUGGGUGGAAUGGAGCGACAAAGGAGGGGAGGUCGAGAGGGUGAAGUGA